AUGGCGACAUCUAAAGCUGCCCUUUGCUCCGAAAAGCAUACCGGCGGAUACGACGAAGCGCGGCACCCGGUCGACCACGAGAGGAACGCCUCCUGGCUUCUCCCUUACAUCCAGCUCUCGCGCCUGAACCCUCCGAUCUCGUGGUUCCUCGUCUUCCUCCCGGAGAUAUUCGGCGUCUUACACGCCGCCGCGGCUCUCAGGAGUCCGGGGAGAGAUGUACUACGUGUGGCCGCCGUGAUUCUCGUCCACAGCUUCUUCGUCAGCAACGCGGGCGUCGCGUGGAACGACCUCGUCGACGCGGACAUUGACGCAAAAGUCGAGCGCACAAAGAACAGGCCCAUCGCAAGGGGCGCCAUAAGCUGGACGGCGGCAUUCGUCUUUGUCUGCUCGCAGGUCGCCUUUGCUGGCAUUUGCCUGAUGCCAGUGCCGCGUGCUGCGGUGGUUGCGAUGGGUCCGAUCGUGGUGUCUACGGGGUACUAUCCCUUUGCGAAGCGACAUAUGCCGGCGCCGCAGCUGGUGAUUGCCUUUUGCAUGAGCUGGGCUGUCAUGUUUGGGCGCCUGGCGAUGGGACGCGACGACGACGGGGGUCACUGGAUGAACGACAAGCCCGUGGUCUACCUGAUGGCGGCGACGGCGGUGUGGACGGUUCUGUGCGACACCGUCUACGCACACCAGGACCUGGCCGACGACUGCAAGGUCGGGGUGAGGGGCCUGGCGGUGCUUGUGCAGGGAUACGCAAAAUGCUCCUUGUGGCUGCUUCUGGUCGCGAUGGUUACGCUGCUGUACUAUUCCGGCGCUCACGACGGCGUGGCGUAUCACGUCUUUAGUGUAGGAGGAUGCGCUGUCUACACGGCCACGAUGCUCGCGCUGGUGGAUUUGAAGGAUCCGGCGAGUUGUGGAAAAUGGGCGGGCUCGUCGUUUGGCUUCAUUGGCUUUCUGAUUGCGAGCGGGCUACUGACCCAGUAUCUGGCGACCUAG